AUGAAGACAGCCAUUCUUGCUUAUCUUGGUCUGGCUGCUAUCCAAACAGUAUGUGCUGCUCAUGAUUUCUCUGUUUAUAUCGUCCCUCCACCCCUUCCUGAGCGUCAGAAUUACUUUGCAGAGCGGGAUCAGCACGUAAUAAAUCCUUGGGGUGUAUGUGCUAAUACUGCUUCUCCUGUUAUUGUCUAUACCAAUAACUAUAUGGAUGGUAUGCCUGCACACAUUGUUGUUACAGAUACUGGCAUGUCUAUACCAUGUGUUUAUCAAGAAAGGAAUGAAGACGGGCAUGAGUAUUACACUUGUGCUGGUGUAGAUGUUACGACCACGACUACUGUGGCCAUAACCACCGCUAUUCCUAACUGCUCAAAUAAAGAAAAAAUAUUUGGAAAGAAAAAGGACAAUGGCUAUAAAGGCGACUGCUGUAAGUCUCAAGCUGAUUGUUGGGAGGAAUGUAUUAACGGUAAAUGCAAUGGGCCCACUAAAGCAACAACAACAACAGCAACAACAAUAAAAAAGACUGCAACUUCUAGAAAACCUACUGCUACUUGCAUAAGUGAUUACAAAGACAAGAAAAAAGGUAAUGGCCCUAAGAAUGCAUGUUGCCCCACCCAAUGGGACUGCAAAGAAGAUUGCAUUAACGGAAAAUGUAACUAA